AUGGCGGCUGCCGGUCCUCGUACUAGUACCCCACAACGGCGUCGUCCAGCCCCGGCCAUCUCAUCACCGUCCUCAAAAAUAAGAGAAAUCGAAGAAGACGAAGGCGAAGAAGAAACAGACAAAGUGGUAGACUUCUCCCACGCUAGAACAAUGGCCGAACCCGUGAUUCCCGACCUCUUCACGCAACUCCCGCCUGUCCGGGAAGGUUACUUGACGGACACUUUGGACGUCCAGCUCGAAACCGCCAGAGAGUGUAUGAAGUUUUUAGACGGACUCAACACCCGCGAACCUCUCGUCACUCGAAAUGAACACGGCGUGCCCAAGCUCGCCCGCGACCGCCACGUCCGCUUUUUGCACAUGGCCCUCGGCAACCUACCUGGCGGUUUCCUCGUUGCCGACGCCAGCCGGCCGUGGUUUUUGUACUGGUCCCUAUCUGCACUGGUGAUGCUGGGCCAGGACGUGACAUCCUACCGCGACGGCCUAAUCGUGACGGCGCGCUCGAUGCAGAAUGAUACCGGCGGAUUUGGUGGCGGCGGCAGGCAGCUCUCGCACUUGGCUACGACGUAUGCCGUGGUGCUGUCGCUUGCGCUGGUUGGGGGUGGAGAGGCAUACGAUGUGAUCGAUAGGAAGGCCAUGUGGAAGUGGCUCAACAGCCUGAAGCAGCCUGAUGGCGGGUUCCAGGUGUGCCUUGGUGGUGAAGAGGACAUCAGGGGGGCAUACUGCGCGUCAGUCAUCAUCACACUGCUCCGCCUGCCUCUUGAUCUUUCGCCCGAGUCUCCGGCAUACACGGGAGACAGCAACGCGAAUCUCUUCACCGGUGUGGCCGACUACGUGAGCCGAUGCCAAACAUUCGAGGGCGGCAUAUCAGGUCAGCCAAAUGUCGAGGCCCACGGGGCGUACGCCUUCUGCGCUCUCGGUUGCCUGGCAAUUCUUGAUCACCCGAGCCGCAGCAUCCCAAGAUAUCUGGACGUUCCACGACUGGUCUCUUGGCUGUCGUCACGCCAGUACGCUCCCGAGGGCGGCUUCUCCGGCCGCACCAACAAGCUCGUCGACGGCUGCUACAGCCACUGGGUUGGCGGAUGUUUCCCACUCAUUGAGGCAUGCCUCAACGGCAACCCUCCGAGCGACCGGCAUCGGCCCGGCGAUGGCGAUGGUGGUGUUGGUCGUGUCGGGGGUGGUGGGGCCUUGGCCGCAGAUGGCCCGGCCGCCACCGCCACGACCACAACAACGGCCACCGCGACGGCCACGACGGCCAGCAGUAGCGGCAGAGGCGGCCGCCUGCCGCCCGCAGAGGAUGGUCUCUUCCAUCGGGAGGGCCUAAUCCGGUAUAUCCUCUGCUGCUGCCAAGACACGACUAAAAGGGGCGGACUGCGCGAUAAACCAGGAAAGGGAUCAGAUGCGUACCACUCUUGUUACGUUCUCUCGGGUCUCAGUUCAGCCCAACACCAGUGGGAGCUUGACGACGAACCGCGGCCUCCUCUGGCGGAGUCUCCGGCAGAGACCAAGGACGCCGAAACAAGCAAGAUCCCUAGUGAUCAGGACAUCGACCCAGAAGCGCACCUCGAAGCGGUGUGGGCAGUCCUCCCUUACUUAGAUGGUCCGCGGGUCUUCGACAAUGACGACUGCGUCCGCCCAAUCCACCCGAUCUACGCCAUCCCACAGGGUAGUGUGCGGGCUAUUAGGGCAUAUUUUGGGGAGAAGGGACAGGGUGUCGUGUUGUGA